ACGGCGCUGUUUAAAUUUGUUUGUUAGUCCUCGGCGGAUCGACUGGAUUGCGGAUCACGAUGACCGUCCCCUCCCUGGAGGAGCUGGAUUCCUUGAAGUACAGCGACCUGCAGAACUUGGCCAAGAGUCUAGGCCUCCGGGCUAACCUGAGGGCAGACAAGUUGCUAAAAGCCUUAAAAGCCCACCUUAAACAAGAAACAAGCAAAGAAAGUAAGAAUCAGGACGAAAGUCAAACUUCUGCAUCCUCUUGUGAUGAGACUGAGAUACAGAUUAACAAUCAGGAACAUGGUGACAGAGAGCCAGUUGCCCAUGUCACAAAAACAAGGAGAAGACACAAGACAGUCAAGGGGAACCCUGACUUCCAGCAGGACCAUUCAGAGAUCCAAGUAAGUGAUUCCACUGAAUUGCAAAAUCAUGAAAAGCAGGAAAACCAAUAUCUCAGUGCUACUGUAAAAGUUCCUUCUCCGUCAAAUGAGAGCCAAGGAACUGAGAACACAGUUGCCUCAGGAAGAAGCGGAAUAAAUGAUAUGCCAAGCAAUGGAGAUUCAGAAGUACCUUCAGGAAGAAAGAAGUCCCUCUACACAAAUGAAUUUUGCAAACCUAGAAAAAUUAAAAGAACUGGAAUCACUACUCCAAACUUUAAGAAGCUUCAUGAGGCUCAUUUUAAGGAAAUGGAGUCCAUCGAUCAAUAUAUUGAGAGAAAAAAGAAACAUUUUGAAGGACACAAUUCAUUUAAUGAGCUGAAGAAGCAGUCUGUCAAUAAGAGCAGUAUCGUGACUCCAGUUCGUCUAAGAGGAAGACUUUCUGUGCCUUGUACUCCCAUCAGCCAACAGCACUCACAAGGCCGCUUUCACACCCCUACAAAUGAGAGCAUCUCUGUUCUGAAGGGGUCAGUUAAGCACUCCGCCCUCUCCACAAGUAAAAUGAACGUCAGGUUUUCGGCUGCUACUAAAGACAACGAGCAUAAGCGUUCACUGACCAAGACUCCAGCCAGAAAGUCUGCACAUAUGACCAUACCUGGGAGUACCUCAAAAGGCGAGACUGUGCUCAGGACACACAAGUUAAAGACCAGCAAGGGGAAUUCUGCUGCUGCUGUUAUUACCCCAUUCAAGUUGACAACUGAGGCAAUGAAGACUCCUGUCUCCAAUAAGAAACCAGUAUUUGAUCUUAAAGCAAGUUUGUCUCGUCCCCUCAACUAUGAGCCACACAAAGGAAAACUAAAACCAUGGGGACAAUCUAAAGAAAACAAUUCUCUGAAUGAACAUGGAAACAGAGUUGACUUCCACAAGAAAACUUACAAACAACCUCGUCUCCACACUAGGGAGGAGCAACGGAAGAAACAUGAGCAACAACGAAAGGAGAAGAAAGCAAAGGUUUUGGGAGCACGAAGAGGGCUCAUUAUGGCUAAAAAUUAAUAAUUUUUGGAAAUCUUAUAAAUUGUUUCUGAACUUUUCUUUUUGCAAAUAUUUUUAUACUGUCUUCCCCACUUUAAUCAAAAGAUCUUUUUCUCCUAUUAACUGUUCAUAACCUCUGUGUCCAUGGUUUCUUUGUGUGCUACAUCUCUGAAAAGAUAUCACCUUUAAAGCUCACAAGUUCAAAUUCUUUGAAAUGGCUUUUAGCUAAACCAGUUGUCUAAUGAAACCCAUCCUAGAGAUUCUUCACGUAGAUUUUAAUGUCAAGUUCCCCUGCUGGUUCCAAUAUUAACAGAACUGUAGUCUUCUUCUAGGCAUUAGCACUUAACUGAUGUUAGCUAGUUAGACAAGCUUCAGAAUUUGAACAAAUUAAAAACAAGAUAAACUGGGAUAGAAAGACCACUGCUGCAUCCUCUAGAGUACCUAGUAAUCUUAAUUAAUCUCGAGCAUAUGGUUUGGUUAGCUAGGUGAAAAGUGUUUUAUUUAUGCUUAUAUAUUCUUUCGCUCAGAUGACUUCAUGUAAUUGCUGUUACUCACUACAUUCUUAAAGACAACUCUAUCUCAUUCUACCCUUUCUUAUUUAAACGUAAGAGCUACAGGCCCCUACUGAAAUAUGAAUAUUACUGCUUUAAGGAUUACUAUGCUUCGUCAAACUCAUCUUCAUUUUAUGGAAAAGACUGGAGUUGCUUAGCAUCAUGCCCAUGUUUAUUGCACCUCAAUUAGAGCUUAUAUGUUUUGUACUGUGCAAGAUUGUCAUAAAUAAAAGUUU